AUUUUGAACUUACUGUGGAUGGAAGGACAAGCACAGUGAGACGGAAGAGAGAACGGAGCCGUGAAUGUCUGGCUGGCUUUUUAAUUGAGACAAAUAUUUCAAGACUGGAUGGCCCAGUGGGUAUGACUGCUUUUGCCUUGGCGUCCUCACCUGGUGACUCCUGACUCUUCCCCAAUCACGGCGGAAUCCAUCAAGCCCACGCUCUGCAGGGUUGUCAUCUACCUACAGAAGGAGAUGUCGGGGGACACGUGUCUAACCACCACCCUUUGUCCAGCCGCGGGGCCCAAGCCCAAAACUUGCAGCUUCAAGGGGGGCAGCCUUGGUAACAAGUAUGUGCGACUGAAUGUUGGGGGCUCUUUAUAUUACACUACAGUACAAGUGCUGACCAGGCACGACACCAUGCUGAAGGCCAUGUUCAGCGGCAGAAUGGAAGUGCUCACAGACAAGGAGGGCUGGAUCCUUAUAGACCGUUGUGGGAAGCACUUCGGAACAAUUUUAAACUAUCUCCGAGAUGACACGAUUGCACUUCCAAAACACAGACAGGAGAUCAAAGAGUUGAUGGCAGAAGCCAAAUAUUAUCUCAUUCAGGGCUUAGUGGACAUGUGCCAAGCAGCCCUGCAGGACAAGAAAGACGUGUAUGAACCUGUCUGUAGCAUCCCUAUUAUCACAUCUCCAAAAGAAGAAGAGAGACUGAUAGAAUCGUCAAUGAAACCUGUUGUUAAGCUGCUUUAUAAUAGAAGCAACAAUAAAUACUCCUACACCAGUAACUCAGAUGACAACUUACUGAAGAACAUAGAACUGUUUGACAAACUCUCUCUCCGAUUCAACGGCAGAGUUCUUUUCAUUAAGGAUGUUAUAGGGGACGAAAUCUGCUGCUGGUCUUUCUAUGGGCAGGGUCGGAAACUUGCUGAAGUCUGUUGUACCUCUAUAGUGUACGCUACAGAGAAGAAGCAAACCAAGGUUGAAUUCCCAGAGGCACGAAUUUAUGAGGAAACACUAAAUGUCCUGCUAUAUGAAACACCACGGGUUCCUGAUAACUCCCUGCUGGAAGCAACAAGCAGGAGCCGAAGCCAGGCAUCUCACAGUGAGGAUGACGAGGGUUUUGAACUUCGUGACCGAGUGCGCCGAAUCCAUGUGAAGAGAUACAGCACCUACGAUGACCGUCAGCUUGGCCACUAGCGUAUCAGUCGAGGAGAAAGGGUUUGGUGUCAAGGCUUGCAUCAAUAAUUCUUUGAGGGGGAUCAGGAGGUGGGGAGGGAUCAGCUGGACUCUGUGGAUUGAUCUUCAUUUGGCUUCUUGGCUCCUUAGAGAAGCAAAUGGGCAUUUGUGUGCACAAAGCAACACUAAAGGCCAAGGGCUUUGAGAACUAAGAGGGUAAUUUUGCACCACGUGCUUUAAAUACAGACUGGCCCCCUCUUCAUGCCACAUGAGGAAUGGAAUUUGGAACACCGAUUCUGACAGUUUGUGGUUGCUCUUUCGUAGCUAAUGACUUGCCAGUUCUCUUACUUCCUGUGAGAAGUGCUGCUUUUGCUGAAUGAGAUGGUGUGACUCAAAUCUUUUUCCAUAUACCUGUUCUUUUAGGGUUUUGUAUAAUGGAACUUCCAGUUCUUAAGUCAAGAUACCGAAGAGGGGAUGGAGAGAACUUGAACGUGACUACUCUUAGCAAACACUGUAUCUCAUAACCCCCAGAAGAAAUGGUUAGCUAGCCAGUAGUCGUGCACUGCAUGUGUGCCUUGUCACACCUCUUUUCCCCCAGUACACAUACAAAGGUUUGUGCUCCAAGGUAGCUGUCUUUAAAAGUCAUUAAUCCUAAGGCUGGGUCUUCCAAAGAGGUGAGAGUCAAGUCACAGAAAAAAUCUUCCCUUGUGAAAAAUGAGAAAACUUUGAAAAUUUAAAUAUCUAUGUAAUGACUUGUCUUGGGAGAUGGAGAAAAGGUUAUGGUGAAGGAAGAGACUUCUUCAAGUAAGCAAAUGUCAGGAAUACAUUGUGGCAAAGUUGCCAUUGUUUAGGCUUGUGAUAGUGUAAUUCUGCUUAUAUAAACAAUGGCAAUCUGGGGGAUUAGUUUUACACUUGUUUCUUCCUGUGGCCCAGAAGUGCUAUUAGAUGUUAAAUUUCUCAGGCAGCAGGGGAAAAAUUGCAGUGGCUGGGAAAAUACAGACUAAACAACAUUUUAUAAGGCUAGGUCACGUUCACAUACUGAAGGGUGAAUUCAAGUUUUGUGUUCUGAAUCCCUUUUGGAGCACAGAAGUUGAAGUGGAAAGAGAAUAGUCAUAAAAACCUUGAUCCACCAUGAAACUGUAAGAGGCUUUGGACACCAGCAAGAGAGGUAGCUUAUACUGAAUUUUAAGCUGAAAUAAUCACUUCUAUUCUGAGGGCUUGGCUUGGAGCUAAUUGUAAAGGGUCUUUCAGAAGGUUGGAGACAAGGCUGCUCUGCAAAUUGGGUGUCUGGAACCAAUUUCAAGUUUAGUAUGAAAAGUUGUUACCGUCUUUUUAAAUGUUGGCUUGUACGUUGCAGCUGGAGGUUGCAGAUUCGAAUUUUGCCCCUGUCCUAAAUGGUUCUUACUUGGUGGCCACUCACGGGCAGCUAUGGCUGCGUGACACUGGUGAAGCGUGCUCCACAACUGCUUUUGCGUUUCCAUAUUGUACGUGAACAUGGGAGCUUUGGAUUCCACAACAGUUAGUCUUGAACUGCUUUGACCAGUGCCAAAUCUACCUAUAAGUUCUAAAGCAAAUUACUGCAAAAGCCUGGCAGAAAAUAAUCCCAAAUUAAUACAAUGAUUUCAUAAGUAGAGAUAAGAUGGUAGUUGGUUUGGUAGUAAUAGAAGCAGAGGAGGGAGCAAAAAAGUAUUUCCACUCAUUUAGGUUUUUGAAAAUAAAGUUGUUGAGGCUUGGUAAGGAAACACUAGUGGCUGUAGACUUUCAGGAUUUUAUUGCCUAGCUGGUCCUCUCUGUGUGGCGGGCAUUCAUUUAAUUCUCCUCACGUUCAGGAAGUAGCAUUGCCACAGUAUUGCACCUGCCUUUUUGUGAAAGGCCUCUUUAAAACUCUAAUAACCUUUUCUUUUUAUAUUGCUUUCUGUAUGUUGUUUUCCAGCUGGUUUUUCUGUUGUGCCAGUGAAAAUACAGCUGCUGAGAUUGGUUUUGACAAAGACUUUUGUGUUAUUUUUUUUUCCUUAAUUCUGCUAGUGUGAUGUGGAUUUUUUUUUUUUUCUAUUUUUUUCCCUCCACUGAUACUAUUUAAAUUACACUGUGGUGGGUGCUUUGAAGCUACCAGCGGAGCCUGUAGUGGUAUCUUGUGCUGUGAUAGCUUCAAUUUAUUCUCUUGUAUGUUUUUUUUCAGCUUGUAACAAAUAAGACUGCCAUUUAAAAUUCAUGCGUGGCACUUCUUUUUCUUGGCAAAUGAUUUAUAUUAAUUUUUUCUUGUAACUAUCAUAGUGGAUGUUAACAAAUAAAGUAAGUGAUGCUGGUAGCCUUGGAAAAUUGUGUUUAAAAGAAGUUAUAAGCAGAAAAAUGACAUUUUUGCAUUUCUUUUCUCAGGGGUAUGGGAAGGAGUGUGUGAAAGAGAAUGAGUGUCAGAUCCAUGUGCUAGUCCAGAGGCUUUCACUCCAUGGUUGGCUUCUGUACUCCCAGGAUUCAUUAAUGAAAUGGAUUCAAAUAGUGAAUUAUUACACUAUAAGGAGCAGAGAUAAGCUUGGUUUUUGUUUUAGUUGGUUUUCCCUGCCUCCCAUAGCCAACAAGUAGUAUUAAUUUCUGAUUUGAGUUUAGAUUAAUCUUGGAAACAAACUGUUUUGAGAACCAUCUGGGUUGUGACGAUCUUUUCAAAAGUGCAAAAUAACUUGGUAUUUGUGGAAUGUGGAAUAUCAGUAAGAACUGUAAGCAGUUACGAAUGUUCUUUAAGUAUGUACAGAUAUCCUUUUCAUUUCACCACUUUCUCUUGAUUCUCAUUCAUUCUCCCUUCUCUACCCCCAGUUAGUACUGAUCACAAAAUAUCUGCUUUCAGAUUAAAUUAUGACUAGAACUGGAAUGAUGUUAAACAAUGUUUGGCCACUGUGGACAGUCUGUAAGCUUUACUCAGAGUAAUAAUCUAAUUGCAUACACUGAAGUUCUAUGUCAAAAGACGUUUCAAAGCCAUGGUCUUGGUGUUCUUUGUCCUGGUAAGAUUUUCAGGACGUGGCUGAGAUAUCUCCGUUAAAUAUGCGUGGUUGGGUUUGACUAGCAGUUCUUUUCGCUCCUAAAUUUAUAGGAACUUUUGCGCAUUCCAGUAUUAUAUUAGCAGACUGAGAGAAUGAAUGGAAAACAUUAACUGACAUCUAUGCACAAGUACUGUAAUAAAGGGUCGCAUGUUUCUGUAAUGGGGUCCUAGCAUAUUGCAAAACAGCCUCAGUCUUUCUGCAGAGGAGCCUUGGUGCCUUGAAUGAAUGUCUUAUGUUAAACAGCUUUUCAGUAUCAGUGUUAAUUGGGCAAUAAUGUCAAAAGAGAGAGUUCUGCAGGGUAGCUGCCUCCAACUGCUUGAUAAAUGCCGAGACAAAACUAAAUGUUUAACCUUCACCUUGACAUUUAGUUUUUGGAACAGGAGACAUUUAUCCUAUGGUAAUGUUCCAUUCUGCUGACUUUUUCUCUCUUGCACUACUUAGUUAACAUAUAAAACAACUGACUGAGACUGGGAGGGCUUUGGGGGGACCGAUACUGUGGUGUUAGUGAAAAGCUGCAUUCUGCUUGGAACAGGCAAUGCUUAUUGUGGUCUUGAUUAGAUUUUUUUUUUUUUCCUUGAGGUUUUUUUAUUUUUCCGACAUAAUUCACUCUUGGAAAUAGUGAUGAAGUAUACCUUAACUAAAUGCAUCUGACCCAGCAGUCCCUGUCUUACACAAUUAGAUCAUAUCCUCUGACAAUCCUUGGCAUUAAAUCUUUACAGACAAAUUUCACAGCAUCCAUUCUGUUAGGAGAGCUGAGGUUUUAUUAAGAGAUGAGUGGGCAUGAGUCCUAUUUCCAGGUUUGCCACUAACUCAACUCAGUGACAUACAGCAAAUCAGUUUUUCUGUGUGUGCGCAAUUUUUCCUCAUCUGUAAUAAUGGUGGGAAGACCCUUCCCUACCUCAGAGGGAUGUUGAAGCUUAACUUGUUUAAUAGUAGUAAAAGACUUUGGAUUUCUAUAAUAUUUUGUAUCCAGAGGAUAGCAAAUAUGGCUGCUGAUCUUGUUUAAACUGACAUUCUGUGAUCAAGCUGUUUUCUUAUAGCAACAGGCUUUGUUUUGUGUUUAAUUUUUAGGGGUCAGCCUUAUGGAUAAAAUACUUAGUUAAUGCAGUAACAAUAUUAGCUAUUGAUUAAAGUGUUUUCUCUUUUAUCAGUGCAUUAAAUGGAAGUUGAACACUAAUUUUUAAUAAAGUGUUAUAUUUUGUCUUCUGUGA